UCCAUCAUCACCUCCCAAGUCACAAAUAUACCUACACUCACAACGUCUGUGGAGAGCCUUCUUUGCCAUCAUUCUCAUAUUUCCCACCAUUUACCCUCUUGGAGACUUUAUUCCAGCAUUACCCCCGCUUUCGCUUUAUUUUGCAAACCACAUCAAUGUCUGAGCAACUGACCUUUCCCGCCGAGUCGGCAGCUCUUCUCGAAACUCGCUUACCACCAAAGUCGGAUGCCAAGGAGGCCUCGAGAUCACGCCCCUUUGUUACAUUGACAUUCGCUACUUCACUUGAUUCCAGCCUCUCUCUGUCACCUGGAGUCCGCACCCGACUCUCUGGCCCGGGCUCCAAAGCAAUGACCCACUAUCUACGGACUCGGCAUUCAGCCAUCUUGGUUGGUGUGUCAACUGUGUUGGCAGAUGAUCCGGCUCUCAACUGCCGGAUUGCAGGGACGCCCUCCCAGCCCCGGCCGAUCGUCAUCGAUGCCAAUCGCCGUUGGACCCCGCGCCAUUCCGACAAGGUCUUUGAGGUGUGCCGAAACGGCGCUGGACUUGCACCGUUCAUCCUCACUGGCGUAGACGAAUCAAGCCUGCCUCGGGAGAGUGUUGAGUUGCUUCAUGAGCACGGGGGCAAAUACAUCCAGAUCCCUGCUUCCCGCUCUCAAUCAACUGACCGGCUUCGAUUCGACUGGAAUGACAUUCUCGCUGCCCUCCAAGCCGAGGGCUUGUCCAGCGUCAUGGUCGAAGGCGGCGGCCAGAUCAUCAACUCGCUGCUGGACCCUGCCUACCACGGCUUGAUUGACUCUGUCAUUGUGACGAUUGCACCGACAUGGCUGGGACAAGGCGGUGUGGUGGUAUCUCCAGCCCGAGUUACUGACACGGCAGGAGUCCCUCUGCCAGUCGCGAGAUUAUCGCAUGUAUCGUGGCAUCCAUUCGGCGAAGACGUCGUCCUGUGCGGCACACUCCGGGAGUAGAAAGGUACAGACCAAAUCACACAAGUACUCAUUUACAUACAUUUAUUCUGCAUCAUUUCGUUGC